AUGGCUGAAGAUAAAGUGACUAAAGAAAGCGCUGUUCCUAAAGCGGAAGAGAAGGCGGCUGAAAUACCUGAAGAUAACAAGGAUAACAAGGAUGUCAAGGACAAGAAAACGGAUGGUAAUGGUGAAGAGGAACUUUCUGAGGAAGAUCAGAAGUUGAAGGAUGAUUUAGAGCUUCUUGUUGAGACGAUAAAGGGGACAGAUGUGAAGUUGUACAAGGGUGCAUUGGAGCAAUUGAAGGACUCGAUUAAGAAUUCUACGAGUUCUAUGACAGCAGUUCCUAAGCCCUUGAAGUUUUUACGUCCUUCUUACCCGGAAUUGAAGGAGGUGUAUGAAUUGUGGACGGAUGAGAGCCUGCAAUCGUUAUUGGCGGACAUUUUGUCGGUUUUGGGUAUGACAUAUUCUGAUGAGGGCAAGUAUGAUUCGUUAAAGUACAGGCUUUUGUCGAAUGAGAAGGAGAUUGAGAGUUGGGGCCAUGAAUACAUGCGUCACUUGGCGUUGGAGAUUGGAGAAGUUUACAAUAGACAGGUGGAAAAAGAGGCGGACGAGUCGAGUCCCGAACCAGAUGCAGACUUCAACCAAGAGGAGUUGGUCAGUUUGUCGUUAGAGAUCGUUCCAUAUUUCCUAAAGCACAACGGUGAAGCUGAUGCGGUUGAUCUUUUGUUGGAAAUUGAGUCAAUUGAGAAGCUUCCUCAGUUUGUGGACGAUGCUAUUUACCAUCGUGUUUGCCAGUAUAUGGUUGCAUGUGUGCCACUUCUUGCACACCCAGAUGAUAUUUCAUUUUUACAAACGGCGUUUUCGAUAUACCUAUCACAUAACGAGUUGACAGAAGCGUUGUAUUUGGCUAUCAGAAUAGGGGAUGAGUCUUUGGUGAGGUCAGUGUUCGAUGCCACUUCUGAUCCAGUGAUGCAUAAGCAAUUGGCAUAUAUUUUGUCCGCGCAAAGAUCCGCAUUCCAGCAAGCAGAUGUUCAAGAUAUCAUUGGACAUGUUGAAUUAUCAGAGCAUUUCCGUUACCUAGCCAAGGAGUUGAAUCUCCAGCAACCAAAAGUCCCAGAAGAUAUCUAUAAGUCACACCUUGAAAGCUCAAAGGCUUCUUUCAACAAGACAAGCAUGAGUUCGGCUCAACAGAACCUAGCCGAGUUUAUGGUGAAUGGUUGGUUGAAUUUGGGAUACUGUUCCGAUAACAUUUAUUCCAAGGACAGCAACUGUGUUUACAAGACCAAGGGGGACGGUAUGACUUCUGCGGUAGCGAGUAUUGGGUCUAUUUAUCAGUGGAAUCUUGAUGGUUUGCAAGAACUAGACAAAUACCUCGUUACUGAAGACAUAGAAGUAAAAGCCGGUGCACUUUUGGGUAUAGGUAUUUCCACUUGUGGUGUUCAUGACGGUGAUGUUGAACCAGCUCUUCUCUUGCUGCAAGAGUACGUUACGAACCCUAAUACCAAGCUAAGUACAGCGGCUAUUAUUGGGUUAGGUAUCGCAUUCGCUGGUAGCAACAACGAUGAGCUUUUAGGUACAUUGGUUCCUGUUGCUGCUGACACCAGUCUCCCUAUAGAGGUUUGUUCCAUGGCAUGUUUGUCUUUGGCACAUGCCUUUGUUGGAACCUGUAAUGGAGACAUCACCACCACUAUCAUGGAUAACCUUUUGGAGCGUACUCCAGAAGAACUAAAGACACAUUACACCAACUUCUUUGCAUUAGCCUUGGGUAUCCUAUACAUGGGUCAAGGUGAACAAGUAGAGGAUGUCCUGGACACUAUUUCUGCUAUCGAAAACCCUAUCACUUCAGCCAUCGAGGUAUUGGUUACUGCAUGUGCAUACACCGGUACCGGUGAUGUUUUGAUGAUUCAAGACUUAUUACACAGGCUCACACCUAAGAAGGACUCAAAGGAUGAUGAAGAUGACGAAGGUGAUGAGGACGAUGAUGAGGACAUUGAUGCGGAAAUGCCAGGUGUUCUUCCAACAGAGAUUCAAAAUGGGUUAGGCUUAGGAUUACAAGACUUACAGAAUGCAGCUGCCCCAGGUGGCCCAACUGCUGCAACUACUGUUGGUAACGAGACGGAGGAGGCCCCAGCUCCUGGUGCUAUUGAAGAUGUUGUUAUGAAGGGAACCGAAGAAGAAGGAGAAGGAGAAGGGGAAACCGAUGACAAAGCUAAGAAGGACGACAAGGAAGAUAAAGACGAGGACAGUAGCGAACAUCACGAGGAAGAAGACAAAAAGUCCGACAAGAACUCCAAGGCUGCUGAGCUUGCCUUUGCAGUGUUGGGUAUUGCCAUGAUUGCAAUGGGUGAAGAGAUUGGUAAGGAGAUGUCUCUACGUCAUUUCGGUCACUUGAUGCAUUACGGGUCAGACGAGAUCCGUCGUUCGGUACCGUUAGCAAUGGGUUUGAUCAGCGUCUCUGAUCCUCAAAUGAAGGUCUUUGAUACGCUUUCACGUUUCUCCCAUGAUGCAGACCUUUCUGUUUCCAUGAGUUCGAUCUUCUCUAUGGGUCUAUGUGGUGCUGGUACCAAUAACGCUAGAUUGGCUCAACUAUUAAGACAACUAGCAAGUUACUACUCGAAGGAGUCUGAUGCAUUGUUCAUGACCAGACUCUCCCAAGGUUUGGUGCAUCUAGGUAAGGGGACCUUAACCCUAGACAUCUUCAAUGACGCACAAGUAUUGAACAAGGUUUCCCUAGCAUCUUUGUUGACUGUGCUUGUCGGAAUGAUCUCUCCAGAAUUCAUGCUAAAGAACCACAGCUUGUUCUUCUACCUAAACUCCGCCACCAAGCCAAAAUACAUCGUCACCUUGGAUGAGGAAGGAAACCCAAUCAAGGCCAGCGUGCGUGUUGGUCAAGCAGUCGACACUGUUGGUCAAGCCGGUAAGCCCAAGACCAUCACUGGCUGGAUCACACACUCGACUCCAGUCCUACUCGGGCACGGCGAAAGAGCUGAGCUAGAGACAAACGAGUUCAUCAGCUAUAACAGUCGUAUCGAAGGUGUCGUCAUUCUCAAGAAAAACCCAAAGUACACAGAAGAAGUGAAUUAA